AGUAGACAAAAAGAAUAUGCAGAUCGAAAGGUUAGAGACUUAGAGUUCAUGGAGGGUGAACAAGUCUUGUUGAAAGUUUCACCAAUGAAAGGGGUGAUGCGGUUUGGUAAAAGGGGUAAACUUAGCCCAAGGUAUAUUGGUCCAUUUGAAGUACUUAAGAGAGUAGGAGAGGUGGCUUAUGAGUUAGCCUUGCCUCCAGGGCUGUCCGGAGUGCAUCCGGUAUUCCAUGUGUCUAUGUUGAAAAGAUAUCACGGGGAUGGAAAUUACAUUAUCCGUUGGGAUUCAGUUUUGCUUGAUGAGAACUUGUCUUAUGAGGAGGAUCCUGUUGCUAUUUUAGAUCGAGAAGUUCGCAAGUUGAGGUCAAGAGAGAUUGCAUCCAUCAAGGUGCAAUGGAAGAAUCGAUCGGUUGAAGAAGCCACUUGGGAGAAGGAGGCGGAUAUGCGAGAAAAAUACCCACAUCCGAUGAACACAAGAGGGAAAUUCGAGAGAAGAGUAGGAGAAGGGAUUGCGAAUACAGGAGCUAUUCCCCAAGGUAACCGAAAUGCUCCUGAAGUGCAAGAUGUUGCGAAUGAUCAAGUUCCGGUGAAUCCUCCAGCUAUGACGGAUUGUGAGUCCAAAUAUGUUUCUUCUUUUGUUUCUAAUGCUAGGGAUGAGAUGAGCCGUUAUGUAACAGGCGUGUCUGAAGAGCUUGAAGAAGAAUCUCUUGCAGCCAUGCUUCAUGAAAAUAUGAAUCUUUCUAGGUUAAUGGUUCAUGCCCAACAAGUUGAGUAA